CUUUUGGUAAAGAAGACAGGCAAUGAAAAAUAUCCCUGAGGAUAAAGACAUUUCCUAUUGCUUAUUAUACUACUAUUCAUCAAAAAUUCUUUCAACUUAUAUUUUUUGGUCAUUUAAGCUUAAGAAUUAAUUGCUACGUGAGAUGCCAGAGGUUAUUGUGCAUACUUAUAUCGUUAUAUGCAAUUCAUCUUAUACUCCAUGUCCCUGCAAUACAAAGAGAAGUAAGAAGUUCAGGUACAGUUUGGAUUUCCCCCGUAUUAAGGUUGUUUAAUUAUCUGGAAGUCCAGGACAGUGGAUUGGAUCAACUUGUUAUGAAUUUGCUGCCUGCACAUCUGUUUAUAAGGAUAUACAGGGAGCAAGUGGAGGCCUAGGACUAUCACCCCCAAAACAUUUUACUUUCAAGAGUUAAAACCCAUGGCAAGAUGGCUGAAGGAUUACCUAAACUUCAAGAAGUCCCCACCAAAGCCUCCAAAACCUGAUUAUACAGAGAGUGAAAUACUUCGUGCCUACAGAGCACAGAAGGACCUGGAUUUUGAAGACCCUUACCAAAACCCUAAGACAGGCUACCAAGGAUCUCCAGAAAGGCUUGUGGGACUUCCAGUAAAUAUGAUGUCGCCUAAACAUAGACUUAUCAAGCUGGAACCAACAGAGAAUGUAAAGAGCAUACACAAACAACCGGAAGAAGCAGCAACAGAAGAGAACAUAAACUGCAAGGUUAGCCCUAGCAAUACAUGUUUGGCCUCCGUUGAGGGAAAAAAUGAAUUGUUUGGAGGUGAGGAACCAGAAGACAUAAGGUACAUGGAUCCAUAUGAGUCCCAAAGUACAGGUCUGCACUGUAUCAUGGAAAGGGCAGCUGGUACAGCACUAAAAUUAUAUGACUUCCCGUAUCAGGAGCAGUUUCACAAAACUUUCCAUGGCAGCCAACAGCAUCUUGAAGAUGAAAGACCAGCAGAUGAGUAUGACCAGCCCUGGGAGUGGAAGAAAGAUGACAUAAACCGAGCAUUUGCAGUUCAGUUUGAGGGCUCAGACUGGCAGCAAAGUUCUCUCACCAGAACAGAGAGGCUUUUACAACCAAGUGCAAAGUGUUUCAGACGACUUCAGAAAAACAGCCUGUCCUCUAGUCCUGAGAGUUCAACAUCCCCAAAACAGUGUGCUGAGCUAACAGAUGAAUGUAUGGCCUACUCCUUGGAACAUGGAACUCUAAAUCCUCCACUGCAAACACAAGUAUGGUACCAUGGAAAACUGAGCAAACUGGAGGCAGAGAAAUAUCUACAAAACUGUAAGCCUGGCAGUUUUGUCAUUCGAAUAGAGCAGGAUAUUGAGUAUUUCAUGUCAGUCCGUGGGAGCCAUAGCACACAACAUCUUAAAGUGAAAUGCAUAGAAAAUGAGCACUUCAUGUUUGGAGAGAGUGGUCCAUCCUUCACAUGCAUCCUGGAGCUUGUUGAGCAUUAUAUGAAGCACCCAUUGCUUCUUCAGAAUGAGGAGCAGCUGUUUCUGCAGUGUCCUGUUUUCACAGUAACAUGAUGACCAAAUGGACAUUAUUUAUGGAAGAGUAUGGAAGAACCAGAAGCAAGCCAACCACAUCAGAUGAUACAAUUAUUUUACUAAAAUAUAUACAGUAUGACAGUUGACACAUACCUAAUACCCAAUUGAUAUUUAGCUAACUGAUUUCUCAUUCUCCCCAGACCCAGGUGGAGUAUUUCAAAGCUUCUAAAGUCUAGAAAUUGGAGAAUAUAUAUAUAUAUAUUAGGACUAGACCACCACUACACAAUAUUAUACCUCCUGAAAUUAAAAAAAGGAGAGGAAAAAAUCUAGUCAAUGAAAUUAUAAGUGGGCCAGAGCUACUUAUGCAUAUGCAUAUAUACUUCCCUGAUCUACCCAAAACACAUAUAGUUAGUUCAGCCACCAGUGGAGUAUGCUAUUUUGGACUGUCCAGCCUACAUAGGGUGAAAUGUGAGGUAUGCAUUUUCUUUCUGUAUGUGCCUUCUUUUUUAAAGGAAUUUGUUUACUCCACAUCUUGUAUGCAAAGGAUUGCUUAAAUGUGAACAUUACUAUAUUUUAAAAAACCAGCAACCAAAUUUGUUGGCACAAAUCCUGUACUCAGGAAAGUAGAUUCUGCACAAACAUGCAUGCAGAGAUAUACAACACAGUUUUGAAAUUACUAAUCUAAUAUGCAAUACUGUCUUUAUUUAAUAAACUAUUAACCAUUUUAAUUUU